CAAGUUUGCAAUCAAUUGAAUCAAACAUUGAUUUGUUGUUUAGAUAUUAUAAUUACAACCAUUGCUAACAUAAGGCAUACAUUUGAUUGACUUUUUUUUGUAUCAAAUCAUUAAAACUAUUGUUUAAAGUCUUGUUUAUUGAAAUUAUGUUAAAAACAUUGAAUUGUUUGAGUCGUUUGAAUGAAAGACGUCUCUUUGAUAAACAUGUAUUGUCUUCACUAUCGAUGAUCACUUCCAACAGACAAUUGGCGACAAAGUCAGAAAUGCAGACAACGAAAGGUUUACCGAAACUAAUAGUUCCAGUCUUUGAUGAAACAAUACAAAGACUUAAAAUAGCGGUCAAACCAUUUGCUAAAAAUGGUGAAGAAUUGCAAGAUUUGUAUCAAACUAUUGAUGAUUUUGCCAGAAGUGAUGGUUGCGGUCGUAAACUGCAUUGUCUUUUAGAGCAUAAGUCUACUCAGACAAGCAAUUGGUUAUCUCAUGACUGGUGGAUCAAUAAGGCAUAUCUUGAGGGUAGAGAUCCAGUGAUGAUUUGGUCCAAUCCUGGACUUGUAUUUCCAGAAUUACAGACUAUGAAGAAUGCAAACAAGGGAUUUGUUGCACAAUUUAUUUCACGACUGAUAUUAAGUGUAAUUGAUUAUAGAAAUGCACUGAAAAGCGGUGAUAAUCCUGAAAAGCAACCAAAGACUGGACCUAUUUGUAUGGAUCAAUUCAGCAAAGUGUUUGGUACAUGUCGUAUACCUGGAAGUAAUAUCGAUGACAUCAGAUUUGGUACAUUAAAUAGCAAUGAAAUAUCUAUUAUUAUUAGUCGUUUUAAUAAAUUUUACAAAUUAUCACUAAUGCAAAGUCAUGACAAAGAGGCAACUCUUGCAUCCAUUGAAGCGGCAAUUCUUCACAUAUUAUCUCAAACUUCAUCAGAAAGCAUAGCAUUUGGAAGUUUCUCAGCUCUUCCACGAAAUGAUUUCUAUACUGUCUAUCAGUUAUUAAAUGAAAAUGCUUUAAACCAUAUAAUUGAAAGUGAAUUUGUGGUUAACAUCGAUCAUAUCGAUGUCCCUAAUAAUGGAUUCAACGAUAAUGAAACUUAUUAUAAAGUUAUGGGCAAACAAUCACUUUAUGCUGAUAUCAAUAAUAUAGGAAAUCGUUGGUUUGAUAAAACUAUUCAAUUAAUAUGUGUUACUAAUAAAAGUGGCGAUCGAUUGGUUGGUUUGUCCUUUUGUUAUGAACACACUCCAGCAGAAGGAGGUAUUGUUGUCCAACUGAUGGAACACACGAUUAAACAUUUAAUGUCAGAUAAAACCAAAUUAAGUUUAACUCAAAACACAAAACUGGAAGAGUUAUCGUUAAUACCAAAAGAAAAUAUCGAUAAAAUUAGAGCUUCGGAUGAAUUUUCUAAAAGAAAAUAUUUAGAAUUUAUUAAUUCAAUUGAUUUAGAAAUAUUAGAAUUUAAAGAUUAUGGCAAAGAAUUUGUUAAAAGUCUUAAUUUUAGUCCCGAUUCAUGGAUACAACUGGCCAUUGCACUGGCAUUUUAUAAAGUUCACGGAAAAGUGGGUGCAACCUAUGAGAGUGGCGGUACCCGUAUGUUUGCUUUCGGUAGAACUGAAACUAUUAGAAGUGUUACCGAAGAAUUCGCACAAUUUUUUAAAAAUCCUAACAAUCAAAGUCUGAAGAAUGCAAUCGAUAGUCACAAAAUUGUUGCUAAAAAUGCUGUCACCGGACACGGCAUCGAUAGACUACUAUUAGGAUAUAAUUGUGUGGCACAAGAAAUUAAGAGUAAUUUGUGGAAAUGGGGUAUUCCUGAGUAUGUUAGGGAUAAUCCAUUAAACCAUUUGGAUUAUCAAUCAUUAGAUAAACUUUAUACCAAUGAUCUAUACAAGAGGUCAAAGCACUUCCAAUUGUCGACAUCACAGGUGGCUUCAGCUCUUCCCCAGUCAUUCAUGUGUUACGGACCUCUUGUUACUGAUGGAUACGGAUGUUGUUAUAAUCCAUCUAAAAAUCAAAUAAUUUUUGCCAUCACUUCAUUCAAAGAGAAUAAUGCAAAUACUAAUGCAUUGACUUAUAAAUCGGAAUUAAAAAAUUGCUUAAAAUUUAUGCAACAAAUUGUGUUAAAGCAAUCAAAAUUGUAA